AAAACCUACAACUAAUUUAUCUUAAACUGAACCAUCAAGAAUACAUUAUAGUUCAGACAAUACAAAAAUGGAGAGUUCAAGAACCCUAGAUUACCAUCGGCGACCGUAAAACCAACUAACCGCCUGAAUUCUGCGGUGGACGUCUUCUCCACUAGACGGGCAUUCUCCAAGCGACAUCUUCUCUUCCGUCAUUCAGUCCUCGGCGCAGUGCCGCAUGGAUAUGGAACUACACAGUUUCUACAGAGCCUACUUAAGGACAUGUAAAUUAUUCAUUUGGAGGAUGAAACGAUGCUAGAAGAGCAGGUUAUUUUAAAUCUGCUGAAAUCCUAGGCAGAGAGAGUAACUUUAUUUUAUAUGAAAACAAGAAGGCUGUGAUCCAAAGGAAACUAUGGCUACUGAUAUGCAUGAAAGCAAGCAGCAUCAACCAUCUUCAGACAGUGAGAACAAUACAGAUAAAGAGGAUGAUGUAAAAGUAUGCGAUAUCUGCGGUGAUGUAGGUCAGGAGGAUUCCCUUGCUAUCUGUAGCAGAUGUUUAGAUGGUGCAGAGCACAUCUACUGCAUGGAAACAAUGUUGGAUGAACUUCCUGAUGGUGAUUGGAUAUGUGAAGAGUGCAAGUUUAAAGAAGAAUACAAAAAUCAGGAAACGGUAACUGAAACACAAGAGCAGUCAUACUUGGAUGGAAAUGCUCAGCAUGGCAGUACCAUAUAUAAGAAGGAUGGAAAUGUAAUCAACGAAGAUAUGGUGGACAGCAGAACACUCCAAAUUCCAGAGAUCUCUUUUAUGAGGCGUGGUGAAAAUGUGUACCUCAAUUCAGCUACCAGCGAAAAGGCCUCCAAAAGAAAUCCUGUGUCUGCAGAAACUUCAAUUCCUCCGGAUAUAUCAUUGUUGUCUCCUGAGGGUUCAUUAACAAACCAAGUCUCAGCAUUGAAGAAGCCAUCCCAUCCUGAACAAUCAAGUGGAAGCUGCCCCAUAAUUAAAAGACAGAAAGCUCAAACUUCGGUAGAUCCCAUUUCCUCAGCUAGUAGAGAUGGUUUUAAAGUAAUAAGUGGACCUUUAUUAAAAUCAAGUUCUUUCAAGAAUACAAAUACCAAGCCAAAAGUGAAACAACUACUUGAAGCUAUCCCAUUGGCCGUGAAUACAGAUGGAAAGUUUCCUUCCAAAAAUACACGGAAAGGUGGACUAACUAGAGGAAUGGUUAAAUCUACCUCUUUUAAAACUGAGAAGGGUACUUGCAAUGAUUUUGAAUUAAUAAAUGAAAAACAGUCUGUUAAGCUAAAUCAAUUUAGAAAUUCAAGUGUGGAAAGGACCAAAGAAUUAGGUGUUACUGAAAGAGAGAAUUCUUCUGCGUUGGACUUCUACCAAGUAGUAGAUAGAGGAUUGAUUGAUGGGGAUGAUUCAGGAUACAAAAGGGAUCCAUUACAUUCAUCAAGCAGUUCUAUAACUGCAUCUUCAAAUGGAUUGAAUUUACAGUAUCACAAGCCAGGGCAGACUCCCAAGGAAGGAUUUCAGCAUCAUGUAACUAUGGCUAAUAAUUCUCAUAACCCCGAAACAGUUUCUCAAUGCAACAAUAACCACCAUCUGAGUCUGGAAUCUACACAUCAGGAUGACAUAGCCAACGUUGCUGCAUUUUCCACCACCUCAACUAAGCCAAUAUCUGGUGGCAGUCGAAAUUGUCAAAAAUGUAAUGAAACAGGUCACCCUACGCACUUAUGCUCAAUUGACAAACAUGGCGUCUCAGCCAUUAAGCUUUCAGCUGACCGAAUGUCAUGGGAGAAUGCUAAUAGAAGUAAUAAAUGGAAAUCUGCAGGGGAAACAAUUAUUCCAAAACAAGAAGCAUUACAAUGUACCAACACAACUGAUCAGUCUAAGGAAUUUCCUAUUGCAAGGUUUGGUCAUGGUGCUAAACUUGCUAACAAAGAGUUUCCUCUGCACUGCUUUAGGAGAACUUAUCAAGAAGGAAGAACCAAUGUCAGAAGCAGCUCUGUUUUUGAAAAAAAUGAACCCACAGCACAUCCGUAUGUUGCAAACCGGACUGAAAUCCCUCAUGAUGAUGGAGCAAGCAGAUUGAAUCCCUUUGGUGUCAUUUCCAAGGAGUUCCAUGUGAAACCUUCCAAACAGGUUUUACCCAGUAUAGAUCCAUGCUGUUCAAAUACACUGAGAACUUCCGUAAUUCCACAGCUUGAAUUGUUUUGGCAAGGUGGCUUUGAGGUGCUUAGGGCAGGAAGGCUUGUCGAGUGUUGUGAUGGACUUCAAGCUCAUUUCUCAAGUUAUGCUUCAGGCAAGGUGUUGGAAGCGGCAAAAAAGUUUCCUCCCUACAAAGUGCAAUUGGAGGAGGUGCCUUGUAUAAGCUCUUGGCCUCAGAAUUUUCAUGGAAACCAUGCUAAAGAACAAAAUAUUGCUCUUUUUUUCUUUGCUAAAGAUAUUGAGAGUUAUAGAAGUAAUUACUGCAAGCUUUUGGGAAAGAUGCUCAAGUUUGACCUAGCACUCAAAGGGAACUUAGGUGGUUUUGAGCUUCUUAUAUUUCCAUCAAAUAAGUUAUCUGAAAACUCCCAACGUUGGAACAGAUUACUCUUUCUGUGGGGUACAUUUAAGGGAAGGAGGUCGAGCAGUCCUGAAGUGCUGCCAAAUGUCAAUCAAGAUCCUUGCAAAUCCACCAUAGAUGUGAAUUUGCCCACUACCGUGCCUGAAACUUCCUGCUACCAAGAAACAAAUUCCUCUCAGAAUUCCUAUGAGGAAGAUAAAUACGUUGUUGCCAAACCUUUAUCAACAGGAAUUGAAAAUAGGAUUUGUCAUGCACCCAAAUAUUUUUGCCAUACAUCUGUUGAUGCGAAGCUACUGUCAGGAAACCCAUGCCCACCUCCGGUGGUCUACUUGCCAGAUACCACAAGUCAGAUUCCUACUUUGCAUGAUAGUUCUUCUGAAUCAAGUUGUGGAGAAGAGACUGAUUCAGUAGCUAAUGGAGAUGGCAAUCAUGUACAGGCGCUGAUAGUUGCAGUUUUGAUGAUGCUGAGCAAAGAUAACAUUAAAAAAAUGGUAUCUCAAGCUCCUGUUAACCGUUUUUGUUUGGAAUUGAUAAUGAACAAUUGAUAAGCUGGUAAAAAUAUGCUGAAAUGACGCUCUUAAAGCUUUUCAUUUUCAA